AGUGCAAUUAUUGGCGAUACGCAAUCACGUUUUGGCCUUUUGGGUUUAAUCGUCACGGCCGUACGUUUUGACGACUCGUUCGUUGCGACUUUGUAUUAGUUUGUAAGACAGACGUGCACGACGUGCCAUCUAAGAAGUAUAAGCCAUCUCGGGCAAACAUCGAGUGAGUAGUGACGACAGUUUUUGCAAACGCAGACGUCGUUUUCACACAGCGUUCACACGAUACGGAAGAGCAGAGUUCUCGCGUCGCCUUGAGCGUGAUAUCCGCUCGAAACACUAGUUUACGCUUUUGGAUUUGUCUCAAACCAAGGAGCUCGUCCUUUGAUUACUCGCCUUCUUGAUAUUGUUUAUUGUCGCCGGAUCAGAGCGGGAACAGAGAGGGACCAACUCUCAAAUCACCGCCCCCAGAUUGCCGGUGUGCCUCGUCCGUCGAACCCGAUCCCCGACCCGAUUUCGUGGGCCACGACGACGAUUAAAUUGUUUUUGAAAUUCGUUCGUGUGACAAUGGCAUUUCAAUGAAUACAAUGUUGCUGUCCGGUUCACGUCCAUCCUAUUCUCCUCCUGGAGAUCACACAUUCAACCCUCGUGCGACUACCACAGAUGUCGGACAACCGUCAGAUGGAAAGAAAACUGAACGUGCCCGCGCCGAAGUCGCUGCCGCAGGCCAACAGUAAGACGGACGCCAAGAAAUCGACAGAUUCAUCAAAUUUGAAGCACUCAAAUCGUCGAAAUGGAAAAGCUGUUACCAUUCAGCCACAAAGAAUUGAAGCUAACCGAAAUAUCAGCCUUAAAAAGAACUCAAAUAACAGUAAACAGCCGCAACAUCGAGCUAGUCUCUUUUGUAGAAAGAAGAGUUCCGAGGUAACUGAAUCAUUAAAUGAUGUCGAUGACGAAGAUAUAUUGCCUGUAUUAAGGCACAUGGAACAUAAUAAUAAAUGGAAUAUGCGAAGUGGUUAUGGGUCUAGGAAAAAAGAAUUUCCACAGAAAUUCAAUGUCAAACACUUUUUGAUAGCAAAUUGUCAAUUUGUAGUCAAGUUUGGAAAAGAUUAUUCUCAGUGGAUGUUUGAUCAGGAUGAAAUUGUUGAUUGGGAUUGUAUUGAACAGAUAAAAAUGUUUUCUACUCAAUUUAUUAAAUGUCCUAUAUGUAUGGAUAUACCAAUAACACCAAAAAUGACUCGCUGUGGUCAUAUAUAUUGUUGGCCUUGCAUUUUGCAUUAUUUAGAUAUAAAUGAAGAACUCGAUACUGCCGGCUGUCCCAUAUGCCAUUCUAGAAUAUUAAAAAAAGAAUUGCAGAGCGUUGAAAUAAUUAUUAAAGAGGAAUGCUGCGUUGGUCAAUCAAUAACUUUACAAUUAAUGAAACGCUCUAGAAAUUCAUUGCAAGCAUACCCAAUGUCUGAACUCCGUCAAAAUACUUUAAAACCAUCGGAUGAGAUUCCUUUAUCAAUUUGUGAAACUAAUUACUCUACAGCUUAUUCUAGACUUCUAAUUGGUUAUAAAAGUCAAGUAUUAAAUAUUUUGAACCAAGAAAGAGAAGCUCUUUUACUACUUUUAGAAUACUGGGAUACGGAAGAUGUAGAAAAAAAAUAUAUAUAUGAAGCCCUUGAAUUAUUAUCAAAAAGAGAAAAUAUUUUAAUGAACCAGGAACCAAAUUUUGAAAUAAAAGGAAUUAACUGUGAGAGUUCUGCAAUUAAUGAAAAUUCAGGAUCACCACCACAGGCACCACUACAAUCACAAUUAAAGAACUUGAUUGAGAUUCCCGGAUGUUCUCAUAAUGUUGCUAGUGUUUUAGAUGAAAAUCCAAAUUUACAUAUGAAAGAAAUGAACACAAAUUUAAAUAAUUUUAACGCUGUCAAUAUUAAAGAGAAUGUACCAAAAAAACCUGCAAAAAAGGAUUUUUAUUUCUAUCAAGCUUUAGAUGGUCAGCAUAUAUAUUUAUCAGCAGUUAAUGUAGAAAUGUUAGAAUGUAUGUUUGGCAGCCUUGAAAAUAGUCCACAGCAGAUAGAUGCUACUGUAAUUGAAAAACAGUCCUUAUCAAUGACUGAAGCAUCAAGAAAACGCUAUAGAUUCCUUUUACAUUUGCCCAUAACAACUGUUUUUGAAUGGGUUGAAUUAGACUUGACUAAUAUUGUCAGUCAAGAAACCUUAUUUAUAUUUAAAAGCAACUUGGAUGAAAAAAAAGCUAUUAGAGAUAGACGUGCACGUGAUGAACAACGGCUUGCUAAACGCAUUGAAGAAAGAAAUUCGAAAAAACAAUUGCCACUACCUGAAUGGCAUAAUAAGAGUUUAUUCCCAGAAUGUGGCUAUGAUCCAUUUGCUGACAAAAGCAUGAUUCCUUUGAGCGAAUCAAUUGGUAUAACUUCAACUUCAGAUUAUGCUAUAGGAAAUACUUCUAAUGGUUCACCAAGUAAUUUAUCAUUUGCAAAGGCAUUGCAAAAUGAAAGUACUGCUACUAACUCCUCUUCGUCAGAUCCUGUUUUACCCAAUGUCUCAUCUCAAUGGCCAGUACUUGGUUCUAGACCAAAUUCUAUGUCGAUGAAUAAUAUUCUGGAAGAUGCUGUAGCCAACAUGAACAUGCACGAUAACAAAUCAAAAAAUAAAAAGAAGAAACGCAGCAAAUAUGAACCAAUAUUUUAAAAUUAUAUAAUAUAAUUUUAUUUUUAAAGUUUAUGUGUAAAGUUACUGAUAUGUCAAGGAGCGUAAUUAUUGUACUAAUAAAUUACUAAUAAAAAUUAGUUUAAAGUAAUA